UGCUUCAUAGCAACCUUUCCAACGGCCUAAUUAGGCUCGUAAUUUUAAGGAGGCAUAUUAAUGCACGUUAUGUCGUCACUUGCUUUUCAUCAUUUGCUCUGUUAACACCAAAAUUAUAUAUCUCCGUUGUUUGAGUAUUUGUACAGUUCUUUUAUUCCUGCAAGACCUCAUAUUCCUCUACAUGGUCCAUUCGAACCGGAUAUAUGAAGAUCAGCGGUUAAAAUUGAAGAAAGGAAUAAUUAAGGAUCGUCAAUUAGCCGGCGUGACUUGCAGGUUUUUUGCAGGACAAUUAGUUGGACUGAACUCAAGCAAUUUAAUUGCGGUGUAUUGCAUUUAUUCUAUUAAUAUCAUCACCCAACACUCAGGUAAUAUAAAUAAAACUAAAUCGUUAAGAAAUAUCACAGGUUAGUGUAUUUAUUAGUAUUAUAUUACAUUAGUGCAUUGUGUUAGAUUGAAAAUCAUUUGGUACUUUGUUACAUUGUGAUUAGUAUUUAUGUAACAGUAAAAGUUUUAAUUUAUAUUUAUUAUAGUAUAGUUAGCUUAUUUGCUACAUCAUUUAAACUUUAUUUAUACAAAACUGUAACUAAUUCACAUAGUUAUUUUUAAUGUUAGCAGGUACCUAGACAUAAUUAUUCGUAUUGUUUUUGAGUGUUAGAUAUUAAUGCAAGUCAUUGUUUGUUCAAUUAACUUAAUGUUAUAUCGAGUUAGUUUCAAUAGUGUUUAUUAAUUUAUUUGCUUCGUUAAUUGGUUUGUAGAAAAGGUUUAUAACAUAACAUUGUAGGUAACUGAACAUAUUGCAUCAUUAACUAUAACUUAAAGUUAUCGAACGUUAAAUCAUAGUUAGUUUAAUUGAUGCUACAUUGUGUUUGUUGUUGGCUUAGUAUUGUUAACUGUACAAAUUAUAAAGCCUUUAGACGCGUCUUAGGUACAUAUUGUUCAUAUUUAAAUAGUAUUCCUGUAUCAAUUCCAGGUUGAAUACACUUGUCUCCCAGUAUGUCCGAGGAAAGGGAAUUAGUCAAGAAGCGAGGAAGCUUUAAAGGUCGAUUGACUGCUUUCGUUACCUUUCUGGAUUCACUCAAGGACAGAACCCUAACCAAUUGUGACAUGGCUGAGCUGCAGUUGCGCAUAGGCAAGAUGGAGUCGUUGUAUGAGCAGUAUGAUGAGGUACAGUUACGUCUGGAAUGCCUUGUCGAGGACAUUAAAUUACAAUUUUCCGAACGUUCUGAUUUUGAGUCUCUUUAUUAUAAAUCCUUGUCCAGGGCACAGAAUAUUAUCAGUGACUAUAAUAAAGAUAAUGAGUCGAUGGAAAGUUGUAAGGGUAGUCACACUAAUGUGCAUAAGCCAGUUAAGUUGCCAACAAUCCAGUUACCUAAGUUCAGCGGUUUAUAUACGAAUUGGCUAGAAUUCCGUGACACCUUUAGUAGUCUCGUUCAUUGCAAUGAUAGCAUUGACGAAAUUAAUAAAUUUCACUACUUGAGAGCAUCUCUUGAAGGGUCAGCUGCGGUAGUUAUCAAUUCUAUUGAGUUUUCUUCGAGUAAUUAUUCUGUGGCAUGGCAGUUGUUAUGUGAUCGGUUUGAUAACAAAAGAUUACUCAUACAAAAUCAUGUGUCUGCGUUAUUUAAUAUUGAAAGCAUCAUAAAGGAGUCUUCUGUUGCAUUAAAAUCUCUAAUUGAUUUAAUAAAUAAAGACUUGCGAGCAUUAGAGUCGUUAGGUGAGCCUGUUAAGCAGUGGGACACGUUAUUGAUUUAUAUUAUGACUCGCAAGCUUGAUCAAAAGACCUAUCGCGAGUGGGAAGAGUGCAAAGGUAGGAUAGAUAAGGACAGCCCUAUAACGUUUGAAGAUUUCAUGAAAUUCCUGCGUAAUCGAGCUGACCUUAUUGAGACCUUAGAAUUAUCACGCAAUAAUUGUUCCCAAACAUCUAAUAAAUCAUGUCCUAAGAUAAAAUCUAUGGUAGCUACACAGUCUCUUAAUCACAGUAUAAAUCACGACGAAAUGUCUCGCAAAGUGUGUCCUAAUUGUAACAGAGAUCAUUCGCUAAAUAAUUGUCCACAGUUUCUCGCACUCAGCAAUGACGCUCGAUUCAAACUACUGCCCACCUUUAAGAUUUGUUUUAACUGCUUUCGGUCCGGUCAUUAUGCCAAUAAAUGUAAAAAACCAGGUUGUAAACUAUGCAAGCGCAGGCAUAAUACACUAGUUCACACCGAUAAUAAAUGCACUGAGGUGAAUACAAUUAACGGUAAUUCAAAUAACUCGUCACCAUCUUCGUCUGUACCGUCUGCUUCCACGGACACGAGUAACGUAGCGUUGUCAGCAAACAUUGCAUCAUCCCGUGAUCAUAAGCAGCGUGAUGUGUUGUUGUCCACCGCACAGGUCAAACUGCGGGACAACAAUGGCGUAGUGCACGUCGCUCGCGCAGUUCUCGAUAGCGGCAGCACAUCGUCAUUCAUCACAGACCGGUUAUGCAGACAAUUGAAGUUAGUAACAACGCAAGUAAACAAAUGUAUACUUGGUAUAAAUAAUGUUACGUCGCGCGCAGGUAAAUUGUGUCGUGUAAGGAUAACACCGAUGGACGAUAGUAUUACUUUCGAUCUUAAUUGUUUUGUUUUGCCAUACAUUACAAGUAAUGUUCCGUGCCGCGAAGUUAAUUACUCGACAUUAAAUAUUCCGCUAAAUAUAACUUUAGCAGAUCCUACAUUUUGCAAGCCCGCUGAGGUAGAUAUUCUCAUCGGUGCUGAUCUCUUUUGGGAUUUGUUAGGAUCACAAAGAAUAAAACUAGGUACCGGAAAACCAGUUUUGUAUGAAACUAGUUUAGGGUGGAUAGUUUCCGGUCCAAUUAGUCAGAAUUCUAUUUCAUUGUUGUGUAGUGAUUUAAAAUGUAAUUUUUCUAAAACUGUUUCUGACAAUAAUACUGACUUGGAAAAUCUUAGAUCAGAUUUGACAAGGUUUUGGCAAUUGGAGGAGGUGAAUGCGAAAUAUACUGCGACUUAUAUGCCGGAAGAGAAAUUAUGUGAGGAUCAUUUUGUCAAAAAUACGACGCGGAUGCCUGAUGGUCGUUUUUGUGUUCGUAUCCCUCUCAAGAAAGAUUCUUCAGUGUUAGGUGAUUCUUACAAGAAAGCUACACAUUGUUUACAGUCAUUAGAGCGUAGGUUAAAGGUUAAGCCUGAUUUUAGUAAAAUGUAUCACGAGUUUAUGUUAGAAUAUGAGACCCUCGGUCAUAUGAGUCUUAUUAAUGAUUCAACUUUGGGCCUUGGUUAUUUCAUUCCGCAUCACGGUAUCCUGCGCGAGUCAAGUAGCACGACCAAACUUCGCGUUGUAUUUAACGCGAGUUGUCCUACGUCGACGGGAGUGUCCUUCAACGAUUUACAGAUGGUCGGGCCCACUGUACAGGACGACCUAUUGUCUAUACUUCUUCGGUUUAGAUGCCACAAGUAUGUUUUAUCGGCAGACGUGGAGAAGAUGUAUAGGCAAGUUAGUGUACAUCCGUCGGAUAGACACUUGCAGCGGAUAGUUUGGCGUGACAAUGUUGCUGACCCUAUUAAAGUAUUCGAACUUAACACCGUCACGUAUGGUACGGCUAGUGCUCCGUUUCUUGCCACGCGUUGUCUUAGGCAAAUAGGACUCGAAUGCAGUGAUUCUAAAAUAUGUGAAGUCAUCUCACACGACUUCUAUGUCGAUGAUUUGCUAACCGGCUGUGAUGAUUUAGAUACAGCUAAAUUUAUUCGUUCCCAAGUGACCAAAGAGUUGGCAUCGGCAUGUAUGCCACUGCGAAAGUGGAAGUCGAAUGAACCGCAACUAGUUUCAGACACUGUUUCUCAUUCAUUUGACUUAAAUAUUGGAUCGAAUGAGCCUGACAAACUACUCGGUCUUAGUUGGUAUGUCAGAUCAGAUGAAUUAGGGUUCCCCAUAAAAUUGAGUCAGCCAUCAGCUGGGUCUACUAAACGCGAUUUGUUGUCCGUGAUUGCGCGAAUCUUUGACCCUUUAGGUCUAUUGGGCCCUAUUGUUGUCUCCAUGAAAAUGCUUUUACAAAAAAUGUGGUUAGAUAAAUUGUCAUGGGAUCAACCCUUGCCUAGUGAAAUUAGCAAACGUUGGAAUGAUAUACUGAAGUCAUUACCUCUUUUAAAUCAUUUGCGUAUUCCUCGUAUUGUAGUUUGCAAUUUACAUACGGAGGUAGAACUCCACAUUUUCACAGAUGCAUCUGAGUCUGCAUACGGUGCUUGCGCUUACAUUCGCAGUGUUAAUGAUAAGGGUGAGUAUCUUGUUCGUUUGUUGAUAGCUAAAAGUCGUGUAGCUCCCAUAAAGCCCACAACAAUUCCUCGGCUUGAGUUGUGUGGUGCAGUAGUCGGUUCUCGUCUUUGUGAAAAGGUGGUAAGGUCACUCCGGUUGACUAUCAGUCGAGUCUACUGUUGGACUGACUCGACCAUCGUGUUGGGCUGGUUACAGAUGUUGCCUGCCAAACUUCAGCCGUUUGUGCGAAAUCGCGUCGCUGAAGUUUUGGAUAAGACCGGUACCUGUACUUGGAGGCACGUCCCAACCGAUCAAAACCCCGCAGACCUAAUAUCUCGUGGUGUGGAUAUUAGUGUUCUGCGGCAUUUGGAUCUAUGGUGGUCAGGACCAGAUUUUUUACGACUAGAUCGGUCUGAGUGGCCGACUCAAGUCAAAUGUUCAGAGACGUUACCGGAGACUCGACCUAAUCUAUCGUUAAAUGCAGUAAUAUUAGAAUCUAAAGGUGAGGCAUUAAUUGAAUUUAACCGGUUUUCCAAUUAUUCACGGCUUAUACGCUCUGUAGCUUAUGUGUUAAGAUUUAUCAAAUCAUGUCAGAAGCAGUAUCCUAAAACUAAUUAUUUGACACAGGAUGAGUUGGAAGAUGCACUCACUGUUGUCAUUCGUAGGUGUCAGUACGAAUCAUUUCCCGAGUAUGAACUACUUUUAAAUAAAAGAGCUUACCUCAGAAGAGCGUCCUUUUAAAAUUUAAUGUUUAUUUAGAUGACAAAAAUAUAAUGCGAGUAGGAGGACGUCUCGAUAAUUCUGAAUUUUUAUAUAAUAAAAAACAUCCUUGUUUAUUACAGUCCACUCAUCAAUUUACUAAAUUAUUAUUUUAUUUUGAGCAUAAAAGGCUUAUGCACGCUGGCCCACAAUUAUUAUUAGCUUCGAUAAGGGAAUCUUAUUGGCCGAUAGGGGGCCGCAACUUGGCGAAGGCUUGUUAUCAUAAGUGCGUUCUGUGUCGGCGCAUGAAGGGUAAGGUGGUCGCACCUAUUAUGGGUAACUUACCGCAAGAACGGCUUCGUCCAGGUUAUCCCUUCGAGAGUACGGGCGUUGAUUACGCCGGCCCUAUCUUGUGUGCCAGUCGUCAAGGCCGUGGAUGCAGGCUGGUAAAGGUGUACAUUGCCAUUUUUAUAUGUUUUACUACUAAAGCCAUUCAUUUGGAACUUGUUGGCGACUUAACUAGUAAAAGUUACUUACUGGCUUUGCAUCGAUUUAUUGCUCGUAGAGGAAAACCCGUUGAUAUCUUUUCCGACAACGGUACCUCAUUUGUCGGUGCAUACAACGAACUAUCCAAGUUUUUAAAAUCGACUAGUUCGUCAUUGAGUGAGGAUGCAGCGAAAGAUGGAAUCAGAUUCCAUUUUAUACCCGCGUAUACCCCACAUUUCGGAGGACUCUGGGAGGCAGGUGUAAAGUCAACAAAGUACCACCUUAAUCGAGUGUUGGGAAAUUGUAAUUUGACAUUUGAAGAGCUUUACACCGCAUUAACUAAAAUUGAAGCCGUCCUGAAUUCUCGUCCACUGACGCCGUUAUCUUCCGAUCCUGCCGAUUACAGUCCGCUCACGCCAGGACAUUUUCUUGUUGGGCGACCUCUCACUUCCUUAAGGCAACCUGACUUCAGCGAUUGCUCUGCCAACCGCCUAUCUCGCUUUCAACGCAUUGAGCAGCUGCGUCAGCAUUUCUGGCAUAGAUGGAGCAAAGAGUACAUUGCAGAAUUACAGCUGCGGACCAAGUGGCGUUCCUCGAAGGAUGCAUUACGGGUGAACACAUUGGUCGUGAUAAAGGAAGAUAACCUUCCUCCUUUGAAGUGGAGCUUGGGACGGAUUGUGGCUGUCUACCCAGGGAAAGAUGGCAUCGCUCGAGUAGCUGACAUAAAGACAUCCACCGGAGUUGUUCGACGCGCAUUUAACAGGAUCUGCCCGCUGCCGGUGUCUUCGGAUUAAUUUGGUUGAAACCGUUGCUUUCAACGCCCGGGGGCAUGUUGAAGCGCCUAGCCGUUGCUUCAUAGCAACCUUUCCAACGGCCUAAUUAGGCUCGUAAUUUUAAGGAAGCAUAUUAAUGCACGUUAUGUCGUCACUUGCUUUUCAUCAUUUGCUCUGUUAACACCAAAAUUAUAUAUCUCCGUUGUUUGAGUAUU